CCACUCCAUUUCCACCCCCCGAGAAGAAGAAGAAGACCAUAUCGUGGACUCGACGUAGCGAUCCCAAUCCCACCCCUGUCCCCAUGCGCGCGUGCUCGCGUGACGAAAGGAAGGGCGUCGGUUGCCGUUAGGUAGGAGAUCGAGCUCAAGCCUCGCCCCUCCCCCACUCGCACUAAAGGCCACCGCUGCCGCUAGCUUUGGAGUUUGGACCGGGGCGGGUUCUGUGUGCGGUGGGUUGUGCCGUGCUGGUGUUCGUCGAGCCGGACCUAGAUAGACCGCGUGAAUCGCAGCUGGCCUUGCCGCGGAUCAGGGCGAGGAGGAGUCUCAGGACUCGGGAGUGAGGGGGAGAAGAGUGGGAAUCAUGAGUGGAACGGGAUACACCGUGGAAGUCACUAACCUCUCAAGCAGCGCAUCUGAAAGUGAUCUUCAUGAGUUCUUCUCAUUCUCUGGGCCUAUUGAGCAUAUAGACCUUAUCAGAUCAGGAGAAUAUGGUUGUACUGCUUAUGUGACUUUCAAGGAACCCUAUGCUUUGGAAACUGCAGUACUGCUGAGUGGGGCUACUAUUGUGGAUCAGCCGGUUUGCAUAUCUCGUUGGGGACAUCCUGAUGAGCCUUGUAAUUUCUGGGACAGGCCAACAUGGCAGUACGAGGAGGAAAUCGAGUAUAGGGACUACCAGUCAUGCCAGUUCAACGCCACUCCACAGGAAGCUUUAACAGUGGCUCAAGACGUCGUGAAGAUGAUGCUAGCAAAGGGAUACGUACUCAGCAAGGACGCCUUGUCCAGGGCUAAAGCUUUUGAUGAGUCCCAUCAGAUAUCGGGGUCUGCAGCAGCAAGGGCUGCAGAAUUGAGCAAGAGAAUCGGGCUAACUGACAGGGUCAGCGCUGGUGUUGGCGCAAUCAGGUCGGUGGAUGAGACAUACAAUGUAUCCAAGACAACCAAGACCGUUGCAACUGCAACUGGAAGAACAGCAGUUAAGGUUGUGAACACAAUCGUGACCAGCAGCUACUUCUCAGCAGGAGCUAUGAUGGUGUCCGACGCUCUCACUCGGGCCGCCAAGGCUGCCGAAAAUUUGGCUGCUCAUGGUAGGCAGAAUUAAAUGGAAAUGAACACCCAGUGCGUACAGUCAGUUGUUCAAACUCAAGGAUGAACUCAAGCUAUGAUAUAUUCCCAUCAUUGUCAUUCGAUGUAUGAUAACAACAGUGUUGUAGUAGCCAGAUAACAACUGUCAGUUAUUUGCCCCCCAAAAGAACAAAACAACUGUCAGUUAUGUGGCUUGAACAAGCUAUUUGUGCUGAAUUUGUAAAGGUGGUCGUGCAGCCCUGUUUCUGAGUUCUGACUU